AUGUUACCAGAGAAGAUUGGCCUCAUUCAAAAGCCCCCUAAGGGAAAGUCAAGAUAUGUACUGGUGAUCCACGGAGGAGCUGGUACGAUGACAAGGGCCGGGUCCACUCCAGAACAGCAGGCUGCGUACAAGAGUGCUUUGAGCAAGGCGCUGCAAACCGGGUAUGCGGUUCUUAAAGAAGGGGGGGAGGCUAUGGAUGCUGCUGUUGCCGCUGUAUCUUCUAUGGAAGACUGUCCACUUUUCAACUCUGGCAAGGGCGCCGUGUUCAAUGUUGCUGGAAAGAAUGAACUCGAGUCGUCCAUCAUGCUCUCCAAACCACCUGUCUCACACCCCGACGUACCUGCUACUCGACGCGGGAUAGGUUUGACCCUCCUAACUCAUGUGAAGAACCCAUCUCGACUCGCUCGCGCGCUAUACCUCUCGGAAGACCUGGCACCGCACACCCUCCUUUCCGGAAGCAGCGCAGAACAAUCGGCUAAAGUGCUUGGAGAAGAACUCGUUGAUCCAUCGUACUUCUUCACGGAGAAGAGGUGGCGUGAACACCGACGCGGCUUAGGUCUGCCUGAGGACCCGUUACCCCCGAUUCACAGUGAACCGGCACCGGGCGAGGACAUUCCAAUUCCCCUUGACCAGAUGCCAACAGGAACUGUUGGGGCCGUUGCACUUGAUAUCCGAGGUUGCAUAGCUGCGGUGACAUCAACCGGCGGUAAGACGAACAAACUGGAGGGUCGAAUCGGGGAUACGCCACAGAUGGGCUCGGGUUUCUGGGCUGAAGAGUGGAAGAAACCUGGUUCAUUUGCACGCGCGUUGGACACACUGAUCAGGAGACGUCGAGUCAAUGCUGUUGGUAUAUCAGGAACCGGCGAUGGUGACUAUUUCAUACGACGUGCUACUGCAUCGACAAUCGCCAGGCGCAUAAGGUAUCGCCACGAAAGUUUGCAUAAAGCCACCCAUCGUGUUGUUGAAGAUCUCCGCAAAGACGGGGGAAUCGGCGGUGUCAUCGCUCUAGAUAAUGCUGGCAACGGUAAUACGCCCGCACUUAUCAAAACCAGAGCAGCCGCUGAUCACCACAUCUCUGAAGUUGCCAUGCCUUUGAAUUGCGAAGGGAUGUAUAGAGGUGUAAUCAAGGAAGACGGUGUGCCGAACACGGCUAUCUUCGAUGAUGAUGUGCUCUCUUGA